AUGGAGACCGAUGUAGUGAAGGGCUUUGAUGACGUGGUCUUGGAUGCAGUUCUCCAUGAAUAUCAUGACCCGGCACGCGCAGACAAUGCCCGACCAGGCGCUGCUAUCCUUGCAGAUCUCGCUGUCUUGGAGGAAGGGAUGAUUCGAGAAUACGGCAUUGUCAAUUUUCUCCCGCUUAGCGAUACGGAUCCAAUCGUCUUCAUGCAGCAGGCAGAAGGUUCGGAGUCUCGAAAAGCCCUCUGUUAUCAUCAGAUAUACGUUAUGCAUCUGCAAGAGUACGCUAGAAGACUGAGUCUGGCAGCACCUGAAAUCGAAUUGAAUACCGCUAUGUCUGCUUGGUUUGAGGAGCGCUAA